CUUUUGUUAAAAAGAAAGUGCAGCCCACAGGCCAUUUGGAAUUGUGAGCCCUACCCACAAUGGUUCAUAUAUUUGCUUAACCAGGCUUCGCUUAGCAGCCCAAAAAGAAACAACAGCAAACAUGACUAACACGUGCCAAAAAGUAGCGUCACCUGUUAGACCGUUUCUCGUUUUUAAACUCACUACAAAACAAACCUAAAACACAGCAUAACAACAAAAACAGAAAAGAAAAAAAAAAAGAACACCCAUUUCGUAGUUCUCUAGGUUUUUUUAUUUUUAAUUUUCUUUUUAAUUUCAGAACUCUGUAAUUGGGUUACAAGUGUUGAGUUCGGAUUCUGAUUCUUCGCGUCAAAAUCUUAACUUUCUUUUUGCUUUCCUUUCCAUAUUCCGAUAUCGCAUUGUCUCUGUAAAUACAAAGAAACGCCCUGUCGUUUUCAAUCCAAAUCUUCAACAACAUCUCCACUUCCUUUCCACUUCAAAUUCCUCUCUCUAUUAAUAUAUACAUGUCUCUAUCAUCUGGGGUUGGUGACGUGAUUCCAUAGUAGAACCAUUUACUAGUGAUUUUGAUUCUAUCUUCUUGUGCAUACUUUCCUUUUUCUCUCUCCUGACACUUGAAUAUCAGAAUCAAAUCCCUAGUUCUUUUUUUUUUUUGAGUUGGGUUCUAACAGAUUUGGACUAUUGAUUCAUUCCCAUUGAUCUCAAAGAUUAAAUAUUUUCGAUUUUAAUUCAUUUAAAUAUUUUCGAUUUUAAUUCAUUCUUUCGUCCAAGCUUUUAUCAAAUCGUUAUUUGAUCUUUUCGGUUUGUUGGACCCUAAUGCCGUUUUUAUUUGAUUCUUGGUAGUGGGUUCCUCUCCGUAUCAAUCUUUAUCAAAAGUUCGAUUCUUUUAGGUGAUUAUUACAAUUAGGUUUCUUAUUGGUAUCAAUCUUUGUCAAAACUUCGGUUUUUUAGGUGAUGACUACUGCUUUUGGGUUUUUUUUCUUUUAAUGUUUACGUUAAAACAGUUAUAAUCUUGAAUCAAAGUAAGAGCUUGCAGCUUAUUGUAGUAAGACGUGGAGAUUAAUUGAAUGAAGUGAGAUAAUGGCAAGGUAUAGAGAAGACAAGGAAUAUGGACCAGAUAGGCAUAUGGGUUUGCUUAAAUUGGUGCAAAUUUUAUCUUUUCUAGUUAUUUUUGUUGCCGGUAUAAUCAUAGGAUUGGCAACAAGUUCUCAUAUCAAUCAGUACUUUACUUCACAAGCAAGGCUGUUUUUCACUAACAAUAUAGCAGCAACAAAAAUCCCUGGUGAUAAUUGCACAAUUUUGAAACCUUGCAAGGCUGUUGAUUGUUUGAGUAUGGAGACUUUUCUUCAUCCAAAGAACCUGACUCAUAGAAUGACUGAUCAGGAGCUUUUUUGGAGGGCUUCUUUGAUGCCAUAUAAGGAUGAGUAUCCCUUUAAUAGGGUGCCUAAAGUAGCUUUCUUGUUUUUGACUAGAGGGCCUUUGCCUAUGUUGCCAUUGUGGGAGAGGUUCUUUAGAAGUCAUGAGAAGUAUUUCGCUAUCUAUGUUCAUACACCUCGGAAUUACGUCCUCAAUGUUUCAACUGAUUCUCCAUUCUAUGGAAGGCAGAUCCCAAGUCAGGAUGUUGAAUGGGGAUCAGUGUCACUGGUUGAUGCUGAGAAGCGCCUUCUAUCCAAUGCCCUGCUGGACUUCUCAAAUGAACGGUUUGUUCUUCUCUCAGAGAGCUGCAUCCCGGUUUAUAAUUUCCCGACAGUCUACCGGUAUCUAAUCCAUUCUGAAUAUAGCUUUGUUGAGUCAUAUGACGAUCCGACUCGUUAUGGGCGUGGCCGCUACAACCGUAAAAUGCUUCCUGAUAUUAGGCUUUACCAGUGGAGGAAGGGGUCUCAGUGGUUUGAGAUUCAACGCGCCCUGGCAGUUUAUAUGGUAUCAGACACCAAAUACUAUUCCAUCUUCAAAAGAUACUGCAGGCCUGCCUGCUAUCCCGAUGAGCAUUACAUUCCAACUUACCUGAACAUGUUUCACGGGUCACUCAAUGCAAAUCGUACUGUGACCUGGGUAGAUUGGUCGUUUGGGGGCCCACAUCCGGCAACGUACAUGGGGAUUAAUGUUACAGAAAGUUUCAUACAAUCUAUUCGGAAUAACAAGACACAGUGUUCUUAUAAUUCGGAGAUGACAUCCGUCUGUUACCUCUUUGCUCGAAAGUUUCAUCCGAGCGCCCUAGAGCCCUUGCUUAACCUCACCUCAACAGUAAUGGAAUUUUGAUCAUAUUUUGUUUUUUUUGGUAGAGGUGCUACAUCAUUCCUGCAGUGAUCCUAGAGCUUCGUGGUGCUGCUUUCAUAGCACCCCAGAAGAUCUUUUUUUUUCUAUGGGCAAAAUUGUACAGUUAGUUUAUUUUUUCUAGGUCCCUGGGAUUCGUCACCAUUAAGAGAAAUGGUAUUUUGUCAAACAAAUUUUGAGAGUAUUGGCAAAAGUUUUGAAAGAGAAGCAACAAACAGAGAGUUAAUGUUAACUAGUCGCAUUUGCGAAGUUCAGACCCGAUUAAAAAUUAAUCUUAUAUAUAUAUAUUUCUAAA